UUAGGAAAAAAAGAGAUUUUUUUUUAUCAAGUGUUCAAGUAUGUGUACUUAAAAAUUAGUGUUUUUAAGGUUUUCUUGAUGAUGGGUACAAGGAAGAAUCACAAAAUUGGAUUUAGUAGUAGCUAUGAUUAUUCAUUCAAGAUUCUGCUUGUUGGAGAUUCUGGGGUUGGAAAAAGUAGUCUUCUUCUCACUUUUAUUUCACAUCAUCUUUUUCAAGAUCUUUCUCCAACUGUUGGUGUAGACUUCAAAAUCAGGAUGUUAACUGUUGGCGGCAAGAGGUUGAAAUUAACAAUUUGGGAUACAGCUGGACAAGAGAGGUUUGGGGCAUUAACAAGCUCAUAUUAUCGAGGGGCUCAUGGAAUAAUUCUAGUGUAUGAUGUAACAAGGCGAGAGACCUUUACAAACUUAUCUGAAACUUGGGCGAAGGAUAUAAAGUCUUACUCCACGAAUCUCGAGUGUAUCUUAUCCUUGUAUCAUGAUGACGUCGAAUGUUGGGAUAGUGAAAGAGCUGUAACUAGAGAAGAAGGCCUGGCAUUUGCAAAGGAGCACAAUUGUUUAUUUCUCGAAUGUAGCGCUAGGACAAGAGAAAACGUGCAGCUAUGUUUUAAAGAUCUCACACUUAAGAUACUAGAUGUACCAAGUCUAGUGGAGAAAGGUUCUGCAGUAGUGAAAAAACCAAUCUUGAAACAGAAAGAAGUGCAGAAGUCUCAACGUAGCGGAAACUGUUGCUCCUAGUUGAUAUACUUGUGCUAAACUAUACUGAAGUUCAGAGGAAAACUCUUGAACGGAGCGUGAUGCUCGUUACAAGGAUGUGCAGUCAGACGACAAGCUCAUCGUUCAAUCUAGUGAAGGUACUGUUCUUUUUUUCGCUUUACGUUCGUGUACUUAGAUGUAAAGAUUUAUUUUUUUUCAUUUGCUAAAAUCUUUUACAAGAAUGGUGCUAGAAAGCCUCUUUUAUCUCAUGGGGAGAUGUAACAGGACUUGUACCAAAUGAAUUUUGUGGCUUAAAGAAAGUUGUUCAAUAUAAACAUGUACAAUAUAUAUAUAUAUAUAUAUAUCAUCAUCUUGUGGAGA